AUGCUCUCUCACAGUCCAGCAACUAUUUCAAAGGAUCCAAUUCUGUCUAUAAUAAGCGGAAUCAGCGAGUUCGAUUUUAUGAGACUCAGCGAGCUUCGUGGAAUAAUUGUUUUUGGUUUAGUUACUAAUUAUUUGUUUCAAAUAAACGUCAAUUUUUGCGAAGAGUAUAUUUUCUGCGAAGGGAUACGAAAAGCUAGAAAUACUUCAAAAGUACUUGAUGGGUUAUUUUUGUCCCCAGACGAUGCGAUGAGAUUACAUCAAGACGCAACUAAUGGAGCAAUGGUUGAUUAUCUCGCAGAUUUUAGGGUAAUGCGAGUUUCAUUCGCUUUUGAAAUCGGAAAUUAUUGGUGUAAGUUGGAAAUAGUGGAAAGAUCAGUGCGAAAAUGCGCGUGGAAUUAA